AUGUCGACCCAGCGGAGGCACAGCGGCUUUACCCAGACCACAGCGCUCGUGGCCCGGCUUAUUUACUACCGCGCCCCGCUCCAAACAUUAGUGGCACAAUCCCCGGACACCUCCGGAGCUGCCGCCGCUCUCCGGUCCUCCCCGAGCAGACGGAGAGAGACACGCCGAGAUCAGAGCAGGUUUCCCGGGGAGGUGAAAUCCUGCUGCGGCCUCUGCUCUCGGCUUCACUGUCAGGUCGAUGAGGAGCUAUUGAUCUGUUCACGGUUGGAUGUCUGGCCCGGAGGAAGAUGCGAGCUCUGUGCCAAUCACAGCCGUCUCUCACAGACCCUCACACAUGGAUAUUAUUCGCCGGAACAACAGCUUUACAUCCGCGAAGAGGAGGAGCUCAGCCCCGGGCCGCGGGCUGUGGAGGAGGAGACCGCAGCAACAAGUGUCCUCCCGCGAACAGAGGGGGCAGAAGGGGCAGGAAUGGGACUGUCACUGAGCAGAAAGUGA